UGCCGGAACUUCACAGUGUGACACCCGGCGGAUGCAAACAAAGAAGCAUGAGCAGAGUUAGCUUCACUGCUGUGUGGACUGCGCUAUAAAACGGCUGUAUUAUAGUAUGGAUGAGAAAUAUCACAGCGAUACUGUAACGAUGUGUUCAGUUGAGUAUCUGAGAGAGUUGAUCAUCGACAGACUAACUGCUGCUGCUGGAGAAAUAUUCUCAGAGUUUGAAAAAACCAUCGUCCAGUACCAGGAGGAGAUCGAUCGUCAGCGCAGACUGCUGGAUGUCAUCUGGAAACCACAGAUCUCCUUACAACCCAUAGAGCUCCCACAGUCUUAUGUCUGUGAGAAUGAGAAGACUGUUGUUGACCAUCAGCCCCAUGACCAGGAGAGAAACUCCAUGGUGGACCAUGAGGACCCAGAGCCUCUACGGAUUAAAGACCAGCAGGAGAAACUCUGCACCAGUCAGGACCAAUCAAACCCAGAACUUUCUCAAAUUAAAAUGGAAGAGGAAGAAUUGUGCACCAGUGUGGACCAAUUAAACCCAGGGUUACCACAAAUUAAAGUGGAACAGGAUGAACUCUGCUCCAGUCAGGAGGAAGAGUUAAUUGGAUUGAAACAGGAGACUGAUACCUUUGAGGUGACUCCUGCUGAUGAGGAAAGUGACCACAAUGAACCAAAACCAAACAGUGAUCAGCUUCUGUUUCACAUCUCUUGUGUAGCUGAGAGCCCAGAUCAGGAAGGAUGCAAGGAUGUAGACUCAGGAUCAACUAGAUGUAUCGAGCAGAAACCAAGAGAUCAGAGUAACAACAGUCACAGUAAUGAUGUAGACAAUGCUCCAACGUCAGCGAGACAGUGUGAUAAUGACAAGGCAAGAAAAUCUCUACCAUGUGAUGUCUGUGGAAAAGCUUUUAGGUAUCAAUCAAAUUUAAUCCAACAUCACAGAAUCCACACAGGUGAGAAGCCAUAUUCUUGUGGAACCUGUGGAAAAAGCUUUAGUCAUCGGUCCCAUUUGAAUGUCCACAUGAGACGUCACACAGGUGAAAAGCCAUAUUCUUGUGAAACCUGUGGACAAAGCUUUAGUCAACGGCGCCAUUUGACUGACCACAUGAGAUGUCACACAGGUGAGAAGCCAUAUUCUUGUGGAACCUGUAGAAAAAGCUUUAGUCGACGGGAGUAUUUGCCUGCCCACAUGAGAAGUCACACAGGUGAGAAGCCAUAUUCUUGUGGAACCUGUAGAAAAAGCUUUAGUCGACGGGACAAUUUGACUGCCCACAUGAGAUGUCACACAGGUGAGAAGCCAUAUUCUUGUGGAACCUGUAGAAAAAGCUUUAGUCGACGGGACUAUUUGACUGCCCACAUGAAAUGUCACACAGGUGAGAAGCCAUAUGUUUGUAACACUUGUGGAAAAAGAUCUUCUGAUUCAUCAGCACAUAAUAAGCACAUGGCAGUUCACAAAAUGGGAAAGCCAGAUUCUUGUGGAACCUGUGGAAAAAUCUUUAGGCAUCGGUCCUAUUUGACUGCCCACAUGAAAUGUCACACAGGUGUGAAGCCACAUUCUUGUGGAACCUGGAAAAGCUUUAGUCGACGGGACAAUUUGACUGUCCACAUGAAAUGUCACACAGAUGAGAAGCCGUACUCUUGUAAAACCUGCAACAAAAGUUUCAGACAUAAUCAUCAAUUAAAAGCCCACAUGAGAAUCCAUUGUUAGAGGUUAAUAGUAGAUGUUUUAGAUUUAAAGCACCUUUAGUCUGUGCUUCAACAACAAUUGUGAGGAAGUAUGUAAGCAAUCCUUGAUGAUUAGACCAGAUGGAGUCUGGACUGUGGUGGUGGUAGAGCAGGAAGAAGAACCAAACUGAAUGUCUGGAUGGAUAUGGUAUUGGUACAGACUGCUACAUUUCUGCUAUCAUGACAUCCUUCAUCAGCAGAGCAGUGAUUGGAAAUAUUUUGAAGCUGUUUGGAACAUUUUCACAUCCUGCUGAGAGAACAUGGCUGUUCAGGUGUGAACAUACUGCUGGAAUCCACUCAGCUUGAGCUCUGCUGUCUUUCAAGUAAAAGGAGGAAACGAGAUACAGAGACAUUGUGACAGCAGGACACAACAGAGUGUGUCACUGCAGCAGAGGAGAUCUGGACGUGAAAUAAAGUUGUAAUAAAACGUCUACAGCUCCAUGACUGCUUCAUGAAAUGUUUUGAAUGUUUUCAAGCAGAUGAACAUUUACAAGUUGUUUAGUAAUGAAUGUAACAUUGAAGAUCGGCAAGAAUAUCUCUGAGUCAGAUAUCAAAGACAUAACCAAUUUAAUUUCUAUUUUAUUUAUAUAGUGCCAAUUACAGUGAAAUUGUCUCAAGAUGCUUUGAUGAUGUUUGAUGAUGGACCACAGAUUCUCAUCAUCAAACAGUCUUUGUGGCCCAUUCCAUCCGUUGAGGCUUGUGUUUGUUGUUCAGAGGUGGCUUUCUUGCAGUGAUGUGCAGAUGAUACCUCAGUGUGCGUGUCACACAUUCCCCCUGCUGUGUCGACGCUGUAUCACGCUGUAUUGGUAUGUGUAUGGGUUCCAUCUAGUGGUUAAAAAAUGUACUGCAGCAUAUAACUAAAGGCACACUUGUAAUGAGUUUCCAUAACAUUAAACAUUUUUAUUCAGAAAGAAGUUUUUGAAGCAUGUUUGGGCUCAAACGAUUUCUUCUCUUGGAUGCAAUUUCUCCAGCUUUGGAGAAAAUUCGUUCACAAGGAGCUGAUGAGGCUGGAGUAGACAGAUAUUUUUGGGACAGUUUGAAUAAGUGUGGGUAGGUAUUCUUUUGAGAUUUCCAGUAUUCCAGUGGAUCUUCGGUUCUGGGAAUGUUUGCUGAUGAAAGGUAUCUUUGUACUUCUAUCAUGGCAUCAGCCACAACACUUGUACUUGUUCGAGUACGGGCCACCUCCAUGUCCAGCUGUUGCCACAGGUUGUCUGUAAAACAAGACAUGAUUAGCUUCAAAUGUAAAUAUAUCACCCCGAAAACAUUUUGAAUAAAUAAAUACACACCUGACAUAGAAGAUGCUGGCAAAUGAGAUGAGGGGCCAGGCUGAUCUUCCUGUGGUGCCGAAGGUGGCCCAGAAAUUCUCAUCUCUGCAGCACAUUCAGAUUUUAGUUUCUUCACAGCAUCAUUUAUUUUGGUCCCAUUUAAGAAUCCAAGGGCUUUAAAUCGUGGAUCUAAUAAGGUUGCCAGAGACAGAUGACUGGAAGAUUCAUAAUUGUUCAAGGUUUCGGUUACUCUUUUGUCGAGUUCAUGACGCAGUUUUUUUCCAACUGAUGUUUCCAGAGAUGGAGCACAUUUUUGCAUUGUAUGAUGAAGCAUUUUCAUCAUCGGGAUUAUUUUGCUCCCACUCACUCGCUUCUCCUCUGAAAGCUCCACAGUAGCAGCAUUAAAAGGGGCAAGCACAAUCAGGACUUCUGCAAUGAUGUCAUGCUCCUCUCCAGUAAGUGCAGGCAAUGGUGUUUUUAAAGAUGCCAGACUCACCCAAACAGGCUCUUUUUGGCUUGCUAUUCUUGACAGCAUUUGGUAUGUGCUGUUCCAGCGUGUAGGAACUUCAUUUAUGAGUUUCAGAAUUGGUUUUUGCAUUUGUUGCUGCACGUGACUCAGCUUUUCCUUGGCAAGAGUGCUGGAACGAAAAUAGGUGACGAUGUUUUUGGUUUUAUGUCGGAUAUCAGUUAGGUCUGACACUUGAUCGCAAGAUUUUUUAACAAUCAAAUUUAAAGUAUGUGCGAUGCAAGGACUAUGCCCGAUUUUUAAUAGUCUUGCAGACGCGAUCAUAUUUGCCCCGGCAUCAGUUACAAAGCGUGCAACCUUCCCUGUGAUGGCCCAGCUGUCAAUCAGAUCUUGUGUGACCUAAAAAAAUACAGAAAUAAAAAAUAAGUAUAUGACAAGUACAUGACAUCAACAGAUACCAUUAUUAAUAUUUUCAAAAAACCUACCUCAGCAAUAUUCUCUGCUGUGUGGCUCUUGGGAAAAUAUUUAACUCCCAGCACAGUGGUGCACAUUUUAUUUUCAGUGUCAAAGAAGUGGCCAGUCACAGCCAAGUAGGCCUCCAUGUUUACUGAAGUCCACAUAUCUGCUGUAAGGCUGAUUGCAUUGGUGGAGUGUAAUUUUUCCUUAAUGUUCUGGGUUUCUGCUGCAUAUCUCUCAGAAACCAUUUCCUUUAGAGCCUGUAAAGUAGAAGAAAAUCUUCAAACAAUAAUAAUUGAAACUCCUAAUGAUAAGUGCAAUUUCUGACAUAUAGUACCUUUCUUAUUAGCAAACCACCAAUAAUUUCUCUACCAGAGUCUAUUACAGAUCCAGAAUUCCAUUGAAAUAUUGUCAAUAUAAUAUUAUGGAAAUAUAGUACAGUACCUUUCUGGUUGGUAUUGCGUAUGAUGGCUCAAGAGUCUGGAGCAUCUCCCUGAAUCCCUCGUCCUCAACGAUGCUUAAAGGUUGGCAAUCUUUGAUUAUCAUAUUUAUAAUGCAUCGAUUGAGGGCCUGUUUUCUAGAGGCUUGAAGUAAAAAAAAAAAACAGUUUGAUUUAGAAUGUAAUUAGCCUCCAUAAUAAUUAGUGAUAGAUUACAAAAUAAUAAUCCACCAGUAUCCAUUCCUGGUGUAUUGUCUUCUCUUUCAUGACGAGCUUUAUAAUGCCGUAGCAUUGAUGAUGUGUUUCGGGUUGCAUAAGACAACUCCGUUGAACACAGACGACAUUUAACCUGUGGAUCAUAAAAAUAUACACUACAGAUUUUGUCAGCCAUUUAAAUUGGAACGAAGUACAAAGAAAUUACCUUAUCAGGUGAUAUAAGGUCAAAAUGAUCCCACACGGCAGAGUACUUUCUCUUUCUCGGAGGUUCCAUAGCAAUGAACAGCGUCGAAGCAACAAGUGAGUCGAUGGGUGCUGGACUUCCUCAAGUAGAACUGGCGCCUCGAGGACACGUGAUACAACAUGAUACAAUACGACACAGUUACUGUGUCGGUCACGUGACUUCUCUUAAAGCGAUACGCUCAGUGAUACAGCUCGGCUGAGGUAUUGCUUUCAGUGCAUGAUACGUGAAUCGGUGCCUCGGCUCGUUCAGACCAACACUACUUUCUUGUGGCAAACGGAAAUCAGUACACCUCCAAGGAUGAACUCUGGUGCACGGUGAAAACUGCCGCAGAUGGAGGAAGCAAAGAGACCAUCAAAGAACUGACCAGUUCGGUUGACAGGCGUCUGAUAGCUGUGAUCCAGAAGAAAGGUGGAUAUGUCAGCAAGUGAUCUCCUGAACAUUGUGUACCAGUAAAUGGGACUUGUUGCUGAAUAUUUAUGGUUAUUUGUUGGUUAAUAAAUAUAUUUUGGUUCGUU